UCACGUGUCGAAGAAGUAGUGGAUACACAAUGGCACACGAUUCAACCCUGCCGAUUUUUUGCUUGUUCUCUCUAUAAAAAUCAACCUGGGGCCAUAACAUAUUACACCAACAAUUAACUCUACAUGGGUUUGAAUUUGCGGCCUAAGGAACCUCGCUGCAGGUGGGUUCAGUACCAUAUGGAGCCAUGCAGCUCACCAGGAAAGAAUAAACAUGUAAGAUUCAUAAGGAAUUGUCAACGACUGGGUUAGUGGAUUCCAUGCUAUGCUUGCCAGGUGAGUAGUCUUUUGCAGAUUAGCCUUUGUUUCGUUGUCUGUUCGACCUUGAACACAUGGAUAUGGUUAGGACUAUUCAUUAAUUAAAAUUAAACCCUGAUUAGCUUAGAAUUUCUUUGCUCUCCAACACGAUGCAUCAAAAACAGAUCCAUUAAUUAUUACCAUAAAUAUAACUACACUAUGCAGAAUUAAAAUCCCGUGAUCAUGAAGUAAUAGUCUAACAAAUUACUAUACAUGAUUUGUAUCCAUAUAUAUAGUAAACACGCAUGAAAGCUGUACCUUUAAUUAGUUCUGGUUUUCAGGUCCUCUAAUUAAUCUGAUCCCCUCGAUAAAUCCAAAGAAGUGCUUUUAUAUAUAUAUAUAUAUGAUCUGGUCUGAUAUUCCUGCCUACAAGGAGAAAAAAGAAAUCUGACCCGUAGGAAGUGGAAUCGACCUUGAGUAGAUGGUGAAUGCCUAAAAAGCUGUGCUUUAAACUAAAGUUUGAAAAAAAUCAGGAGUUAAAGGACAAUAAUUAAUAACAAAGGUCUUGGAAAGCGCGAUUACAGGUGUGAUGCAAGAAAGACUUAUAGAUCUAGGUGAAUAUUGAAGUUUAUGUAUCAGAAAAAAUAAAGUAAAGUUCUUUCGAUACACUUAUUUCCACAAUCUCAAAGAAUCUGCAUUAGAGCUGACUUAAGAUGUACAGUAGCCUUGAAAACAAUUAUAAACAUGGCUUUUUAAAAUAUUUAAUAUUUUUUUUUAAAAAAUUAAUGUACAUCAUUAAGUGAGAUAUUGGACAAUUUUUAUUUCAUAUAUGAGACAUUUUGUUAAUUAAAUAGUAGCGAUUUUUAUUUUAUAAAAUAUAGUUGAUAAAUAUGUUUUAUUUAUUUUUUAAACUUUUUAUUUAAUAAGGGUCUUGAAACAUUGCUAAAGUUGUAUUUAAACAUUGCUAUAAUGGUUUAACUUGUUUUUUGGCCUUGAUUUUGCUGCUGGAAAUUGGUUAAGAUAGGCCAGUGUUGGUGAGUUUCCUCAUUUCUUGGACUUUUGAGGUUUCUUGAAUUUUUUUCAACAAAUAUUAAAAUUGAUAUGAAAUAAGUCUAUUUGUAUUUUAUUUAAAAUGCUUAUAUUUCAUGUCAUUUUAAAUAAAUAUAAAGGUUUUUAUAACAAAAAAAAAUUAUAUAACAAAAAUAAUUUCUAAAUUGAGGGAAAAUAGUCAAGGUUGCUAAUUCAAUUUAAUUUUAUAAUAAUUUUAAACAGUAUAAUUGAAUUCAAUUAUAUAGUUUAAUAUUUUAUUUCAGAUAUAAAAAUUAUAAUGGAUCAUCAAUUGAAUUCAAAUAAUAUGUGGAAUUGAAUUCAUUUUCAUAUAUGCGCAAAUACACAACUAUAUUAUAUUCCUAAAAUCUUAUAAUCUUGCAUACAAACAACUCCUUCAAAAUUUACCAUCAUUUUUUGCCCAAACAACCUUCAAAGAAUCACAAAAGUAAUAAAUACAGUUUGAUCCUUAUUACAUUCCCCCCUGCAACCUCCAAAUAAUUAUAAAUUAUUUAGGACAUAUAUAGUUUUGCAGAAUAGUAGCAUGUUAGUAUGAUAAUUUAGAUCAGAUCUGAUGAAUUUAGCAUCUAGAUGUUAUAUAUGUCCUAAAUGAUGUUUUUAUGUAGAGAUGGUAUAAUUGUAAAUUUUUUUAUUUUUUUUACUACAGCGGUGGUAAAAUUAAUAUUCAAGGGUUUUUUUUUAGAAAACAAGAUUUUCUUAUAUUUUAUUUUCUCUUUAUACUUGGUAUUUUUAUCAUUUCAUACUUGAUUUAUUUAUCAUCUUUUUUUCUUAUCUUUAUUUUUUUAUAAUAUUUUUUUUUAGUUUUUCCUUUUUUUUCCUUUAUUGUUUUUUUGGAAAAAAAAAUAUUUUUAUUUUUAUACUUUGAAUAUUUAUCACUCUAUACUUGACCUGUUUAUACCAUUUUUUUUUUACAUUUAUUCUUUUGUAAAUUUUUUUAUUUACACUUCAAAAAAAAAGUAUUAUACAAAUACUAAGAAAACAAUGUUUUAUUAUAGCAAUUGAAGAAUUGUUUUAUUUUUUUGCUAUAUUAAAAAUUAACUUGAAAUAUUACAUGUUUUUAUUAAUACAUAUAAUUUUUAUCAUAUUUUAUUAUAUAUAAGCAUCAUUGUUUUGAUUUACGGUAAUAUUUUUUAUUAAAUAUAAAAAAUACAUUAAUAACAUUUAUAUAUUAUUUUUUUUUAUUAAAAAAAAUUAUCAGACCUGUAAGAAAACAAGUGGUUAAUAUGUGCAAGAACAACACUGGAAAAGUUUGGGGAAUAAUUGGUUCGUACAAAAAGGCAAAGUAAAAGCAAACCAUUUUUUAUCCAAAAGGAAAAGUAAGAAUGAUAAAUCGAUAGUUCUAGAAGUUUAAGAACCUUAAGGUCGAACACAUGACGAAUGGAGGGCACAAGCAAGGGACUACUUAUUUGGCAAGUGUUUGCAUGGAAUUUAACGCCCUAUUUAAGUUUUGAAGGCUUCUCCAUUGUAAAUAAUUGCAACUAAUUCAAAGGCCUGAAGCAACAUGAAUCGUCUUCGAGCCAAGACACUUGAAGGCUUCUCCAUUGAAUAUUCUCGGUUAAUUUGUGAAGUUUCGAUCAAGAGAAAAUCUUAGCGAAAAGAUGGAAGACCAAGACGUACGCUGGAAGAUACAAGCCCAACGCCCCCAAGACUUUGGUAAAGUUGAAUACGUUCUGAGAGCUUGGCUGGCUAGCUUACAAGUUUUGAUGGGGGCUGAUCAGCAACAAGGGUUACCGUCUUAUUACAGCAUUCUUGGUGUUAGUUCCGAGUCUUCUAUUAAUGAAAUAAAGCGUGCUUAUCGCAAGCUUGCUAUGCAAUGGCAUCCUGAUAGGUUGACAAGAACACCUUCGCUUUUGGGUGAAGCCAAACGUAAAUUCCAGCAAAUUCAAGAAGCCUAUGCGGUGUUAUCCGAUCAUAGAAAAAGAACAAUGUAUGAUGCAGGAUUAUAUGACCCUGAAGACCAAGAAGAUGAGGGCCUUUCUGAUUUUGUGCAAGAAAUAUUGAAUCUCAUGGCCCAGGAUAAGAGACAGGACAAGAGUUACAGCAUGGAGGAGCUGCAGACAAUGCUCUCGGAAAUGGCUCAGGGAUUUGAAACUUCAUCGUGGUACUGUACACCCUCAAUUCUUGAAGAACCUAGAAAUUCAAAAAGGGCAAGGUGUGAUGCAGAUCCAAUGAUGGACAGGGGAAGUUCGCAUUUCAGUCUUUCGGGCUGGGGAGUGUAUGGUUGUGGCUAAGAGAUCAACAUUGUUUAGCCGAGAGAGCAGCACUGUUUCUUCUCAAAUCCCAAACAUUUUUCUGAGUUGUGGUGACAAGAAUAUGUGCUCUUGAAAUGAACAUGCUGUUGCUUGCUUGAAUUGUUGGACUGGUGCUUGGGGCUACUGGAGAAGUGGAUGGUGGAAUGGUUUGGUUUCUUUAUUAAUCCUUUUCUUUCGUUGACAGGAGAUGUAUAUAUUUGUGCCACCAGGAAUCUCAAACAUAUCCAUGGAAUUACUGUCUGUCCCCUCUACAUGUUUGAGUUCAGUGAUGGUAGCAUUUCGGUUUUGAACUCUGAAAUGUCUCUGUUUUGACUUUUGGUAGACGUCUGGUCCGUCUGGGCUUCGGUUCCGAUUGUGUAAGAUGUUUAAAAUGUAGAUUAGUCUGAAGCUAUGGGUUUUAUUGUAAUUGAGCCCAUUGCCACUGGGCUAUCACCGACGUGGGAAGAAAACUACAUGGCUUAAUCUCUCA